GUGGUUGCUGCGGAAGCGGAAAUGUACCGUGCGUGACAUCGGAAGUAGUGGUGGAUCGAUACCGAUCUGCGUGCGGUUAAUCAGCACGGGCUAUUCCGUCGCGUUGGUCAUGCGAACGGCCCGUCCAUCGACACUGCCAAUUAGUGAGAAACAAUUAUCCCAGUGCCGCAGUUGGGUGGUAUAGCCGAGAUCGCGAUAGGUAAAAUUCUGUCUCCCUUGGGGCGACUGGUGCUGGAGACGAUCAAAAGAUCGGCAGCUACGACAGCGAUUACCGGGGAGCCCGAGGCGAAGAAGGGACGGAAAAAGGAGGCUCGGCGCGGUGGCUCCGCAAGCCCCGAGAUGACGGUCCACCACCACCGGCCGAACCACCACGUGGCCGCGCUCAGUGGCAUCGCCUUGGCUAACGGGGUGGCCCAUCCGAUCGGCAACCUCAACGGCAUCGUCGUCAGCAGCGGUGCCGCCGGGCUGAAUCUCAGCCGCAGCAUCGCCAACAGCCUCGAAAUGGCCCACAGCGGCCUCGAGAGACUCAGCAACGGGCUCGACUCUCGUGGCAACCACCACCACCAGCACCACAGCGGUGCCAACAACAACAACAACAACGGCAACCCCAACAGCCUGAGCCUUAUGGACCGAAACAGCGACUCCUCGACGACUAUGUCGACGCACAGCAGGUCGAGGUUCAUGAUAACCGACAUAUUGGCGAGCUCGACGAGUCCGGCGAGCUUGCAGAGCUUGCAGAGCCACGACCCGCCGGGUAGUCCGCCCUCGGCGCCGAGGGAUCUGAGCGUGAGGCACCAGUCGAGAUCGUCGCUCAACAACAGUACCGUCGACGAGGACAGCGACGCCAGUCACCACGACGCCGUGUCCGUUUCCUCGAAUGGUGGCAAGGACGACGAUCCAAAGGGCUCGUCGAGCUCGCUGAGCUCCUCGCAAAGUAAAAAGCAGAGAAAAGCCCGAACGGCCUUCACGGAUCACCAGCUGCAGACCCUGGAAAAGAGCUUCGAGAGGCAAAAGUACCUCAGCGUGCAGGACAGGAUGGAGCUGGCCGCGAAAUUGCAGCUCACCGACACCCAGGUCAAAACGUGGUACCAGAACCGAAGGACGAAAUGGAAGCGCCAGACGAUAGUCGGCUACGAGAUAAUGGCGGAGGCUGGCAACUUCGCGGCCUACCAGCGUCUCAUAUCCGCAGCGGGCGUCCCAACUCACCCCUCGGCCGGGCCGUACUGGCCGUACCCCGGGGCCGCGGCGGCGGUUGCCCACCACGCCCAGAACGACCUGUUCUACCGACAGGCGGCCUCGGCGGCGGCGGUCACCCUCCAAAAGCCCAUGCCAUACAGGCUGUACCCGCCGGCGGCGAUGAUGCUCGCGGGCCCGAGUGCCCCCAUGGGCGCCUUGGCGGCUGCCGGCUCGGGCCUCGGGGGCUACUACGCGAGCCGCGACUGCAGCCCCACGAGCACCGAGGCGAUGGACGCCGGCCGCGAGCAACACCGCAACGCCGGUUUGGACCUCGCCAACAGGGAGCAGCAACCCCGCGAGCGCAGCAGGAGCCUCGAGAGGACGACCCCCCCGGCCAGGGAGCCCUCCACCUCGCCCAACAGCCUCGGCAAGCCGGAGAGCGACGACGAGAGCAUACACGACGUCUAAGCCACCCUCCCGUGGAAGGAGGACCACCGGAUGCUCGAAUCGACUAGACCAGCGGUGGCGGUGAUUUUCGGCAGUUGAAGGCACCGCGGAGGUGACGAUCGUUUUGGAAACAAAGCAAAGCCAGUGGAGGGUGGGCAAAAGGCGGAAGUGACUCGGUUAUACGCGUAUACGUUAUCGGAACUCGAUGCGCGGUCACGGAGGACAGGAAGUCCGAGAGUGCUACCAUUGCCACGUACACACUGUACUGCUUACAUAUAUGUACCGAUCCCGGCGCGCGCGCGUGUAUACGUGCCUCCAGGAUGCGUCGUGCGGUUAACCAAGAAGAAGAAGAAGAAGAAGAAGAAGUGGAGGAGAAGCGAGUGCACAGAGCGGCUCGGUCACUUCCGCAGGGACCGUCCGGACAAAUAGUCCUCGUGACCGGCACACCGGAAGGACACUCGUGCCCCGUUGUCGUAUACGAUUCUCCAAAAACCCGCGGGCCCUUUUCGCUCAUAAUCUUCCUCGCGUGCGAGAGAUUUUAUUAUUUACGGCCGUCCUCGAGUGAAUUAUCCUUCAAUUACAUAGUUUGAAAAAAGAAAAAAAAAAAAAAAAACGCGAGCGCCUGUUUGAUUGCUCAUAUACCUGCUGCCCGUGGUUUUGUAAAUGACUCUCGAGUAUACGUAUACACUUGGCGCGUUAUUUAUUGAAAGGAAAGAGGAGGAGGAGGAGGAGCGCGAGCAAAAGGAUCUCAUUAAGUCGGCGUCGUUUGUUUGGACGAGAGAGCAGGAAGCAGCAGCACCGCCUCCUAGUUUGUAUACAUACUCGGUCAGCGGGCGAGGGCGAUUAAUACGACAUUAGCGGGCAAGCCCCGGCGAAUCAGCGCAAUGACGCGAUAAUCACGAGUCCUUACUUUGCAUUUUCGAGACUCUCGGCAAUAUUUUAAUACAAGCGCUGAUGGUUGACGUUGGAAAUUUUCACGGCGCGGCGAGAUGACUAAUUUUUCUCGUUUGCUCUCCGCCGUGUGUGUGUGUACAUAUUUUACUGUUCCUUUCUUUUUUUCUUCGCCCGUCGUCGUAUUGCCUUUGUUUCUCUUUCGAGUUAUACUUCAUCGGAAUCAUUUUCUCGCCGCACCGAAACGUUUUUGAUCAUCCGACUAUCGUGCAUUGUACAUUUCUUUUUUCUUCCUUUCGUCUAUAUAUGUAUACUUUGUCGCUGUUUGAGCAUAUACCUCAUUGCGGGUGAAAUUUUUACUUUUAUUAUUUAUUAGAAGCAGGAGAGAAAGAGAGAGAAAAACAAUUCUCCGUGUGACUAGGCGCGAUGGAAAGGACUAUGUUUUUUGCUUAUAGCCAAGCUAUAUUGUAGCGCCGAGGGACGUAAUGGACAGUUGUCGAAUAAUAGCCAAACACGCGAUGAUGUGCAAUGCCGAGGAUCGUUAUUUUUCAACGAGUUCUCGAAUAAAGGACGCUAAAUAUUAUUAACGUCGUGUCGACGUGACGUGUAUAGGUAGUACACUAAAAUGUAAAUAUUUCAGUCUGUAUUAUAUAGAUAAAGAAAGAAAAAAAAAAAAAAGAAAAUUAAAAGUAAAAUAAAAAAAUAAACAUAAUAUGAAAAAUUAAUUCAUAAGCGAACCGUGAACUCUGAUUUUUAGCUAAGUACGCAUGAUAUGUAGUGUGGUAUACCCUACGUUGUAAGUUUGUACACAGUUGCGUAGUGUUUAUUAUAUUAUGGAUUGUAGAUAUAAAUAUGAAGUGUUCGUACAAUAUUAUACUCAGUGACACAAUGACAAAAGUGGCUAAGAAAAAAAUAACUUUAGAAAAAAAGAGGGGGGAAAUUGUAAUAUUAGAAAAAUGUUGAGUCAAUACGUCGAAUCGUAGGACGUUCGUUGUAGGAAAAGCUCGACAUUUCAGGAUAGGAUGAAAAGAAAAAAAAAACUCGAAAAUUGAUAAAACAUACACGGCUGUUGAUUUAACGACACAAACACUAACCUUUUGGAGGAGAGCGAAAUGAAUGAUAAAAAACAAUGAAAAAAAAGAAUGUUACAGUAAAUUUGUAUACUAUUGUCAAAAGUGAAAAAAAAACCUCAGGUUUUUCUUCCUCAAAUUCCGUCUUCGAAUGAAAAACAGUUUCUAAGGAGUUGCCAAGAACAAACUCAUCGAGCGAACGAUAAAUAAUCAUAGCGAUGAUUAACAAAAUCUGUCGUCUGACAAUCUGAAAGAAAAAAAAAAAAAAUACUACAUUUCCAGAUUGCAAAUCGAAACGAGUUGCUGCUGUGGUGUGAAAUCGCGAAAAUACAGGAGAAAAAUCGAGAGAGGAGUACCAGUAUUAUGAAUGUAUAAAAAU